CGAGGUCGGACGUUCUUCCCUUGGCCCUCGCAAGGACACUAAGCCACGAGCCAGGACGGAGAAAGGCCACACGGUCCUUCUCCCCCUUCCGCCCUUCAAAAGGAGGCGAAGAAUCUUCCAAGCGGGUUGAUUAUUUUUCUCUUUUAGUUCUGAAGAAGGAGGCGCCGAGGAGGAGGAGGAUUUUUUUAAAGAAACUUUAUCGUCGACGAAAAGCAGCGUCGCCAUGGGGAUCGGUUCUCCGCACGUGUGCUUCCUCGUCGUGUGUCUGUUCCAGUGGGCGGCCGCCGUUAACCCAGUGGACGCCGAUCUAGCGCUUCGAUCUCAGGAUGGAAUGAAAGCUGAAUCAAGGCUGCUGCUGAACCCCCUCAGCAUCUUCGGGAACCCCAGGUGUGAUUACGGAGGCAACGAAGGGGUGUGCUACGGGGAAGUCGAGUGUCUUGCUCUGGCAGGUCAAUAUGGCAACUUCUGUUCGGGUCUCCAUGGACUGUGCUGCCUGUUCCACCGCACUUGUGGCCAGAAAACGUCCCAAGUUGUUUCCUACUUCAAGAACGUUCAGUACCCGUUGGAAGACAGACCGCCUGAGGCCUGCUCGUUUGAGGUCGUGACGCGCUCCAAUGAAUACUGUGGACUACAGGUGGACAUGGAAGAAGCUGAUUUCCCCCAGACCCACGACGGGGAAUGUGACGGGACCUUCUUCCACCUGACGGGAAUUCACGGCGGCAGACUGUCUCCCAAGUGCGGACGACUCACCGGAAGCUCGUACUCCUACAGGAUCGAAAACCUGGAGAGCGUCUUCAUUCACGUUAACUCCUCGCGUAACCGUAACACCCUCUGGAAGAUGAAGGUGACUCAGGUGCUGUGCAAAGAUUUCGUUGGAGAAGACUUCUUUUCCCCCCGCCCCUGCCCACCCACUCAACCUCACGCCCGCCCAUCACCUCCCGCCCGCCCACCACCUCACGGCCGCCCGUCGUGAUGCCCCCCGCCCCUCCCCCGACGGCAGGAGGCUUUGCGGCUUGUGGCAUCAGAGGGCCUCCCUAUAACCAAGGAUCAAGGAGGCCCGCGGGAAGGCGCCUGCCAGACCCCGCAGUGAAGGGGCCCCGCCGUCGCAAGAACCCGGAUCGACGCCGCCCUUCGCGACGCCCCGGCAACACAGACGUCAAGACCGACCGACGAGGCCAGGUGGCGGGGACGAGGCCCUCCAGCAUCAUCAACAGCAGCAAGUGGGGCGUCCCGAGCCUGAACGACACGCUCUUUGCCCACUACGCGGGAGAACCGAGCCCCUUCUCGCACCGCAUCACCUUCGGCCAGGUGUCCGGCCUGAGGGAAUUCCCGUGGCAGGUGGCCAUGGAGGUCAACGGCAAGUUCCACUGCGGCGGCAGCGUCAUCGGAGAGUACUGGGUCCUGACGGCGGCACACUGCGUCAACAGCUACGAGAACUCGCCCCAGGCCAUCAAGCUGUUCAUCGGAGACUGGGACCUGGGAACGGUGAACGACGGCCCGAGUGUCACCGCCUCCGUCGCCAGAGUGAACGUUCAUCCUCUGUACUCGAAGCCGUCCCUCCAGAACGACAUCGCCGUCCUCAGGCUCAGCUCGAGGCUCAAUUUUAAUGAGAGGAUACGACCCGUCUGCCUGCCUAAUUCAGACAUUGACGUCGAGGACCAGCUGGCUACGGUCAGCGGAUGGGGACGCGACGAGGAUUUCACGCUGCAGAAGCAACUGCACCAUCUCUCGGCCCUCGUCGUCGCCAACUCCCUCUGCGACGACAAGUGGAACCGCAACGGCGCCGCCAGAGGGCUCAUUGUCGACUCGAUGAUGUGCAUGGACGCGGCCAACGGCGACUCGUGCAACGGCGACAGCGGCGGCCCCAGCAUCGUGGAGUCUCCCGCAGGCUCAGGCAAGUGGUUGCAGGUGGGCGUCGUGUCCUUCGGCUCCGGGACCUGCACCGAGGCCACCCUGCCUGGCGUCUACACCCGCGUCUCCUACUACAGGGACUGGAUCCGUCAGCAGAUGUUCUAAGGGCCUCCCCGACCGGACGCCCUCCGUCGCUUCGCCCUUCUGCCGAGGAGCGGACGGCGGUGCCCGGCCCACGCCCGGCGCGAACCUUGGCGGGGUCUUCUAUUUAUUACUCCUCAGUCACCUGUGUUGAUGUGCAUAUAU